CUCUCCUUGUCUCUGUCCCUAUCUUUCUUUGUGUCUUUGUCUUUAAUAUCAUCAUUUUUUUUUUUUUAAACAGAGUCUCUUUGUUUUCACGUCUCCCUUUCUCAGGAUCUCCGUGAUUUCCCUUCUCUUAGCCUUCUCUGUCUCUCCAUCUCUGGGUCUCAGUCUCUUUCUUUUUUCUGUCUUUUUUUCUGCCCAUUUCCGAGUUUUCCUAUCUUUAUGCUUCUGUGUGUCUAGGUCCUCUCUGUCUCUCCUCUUUUCACCUCAAUGUCUCUCCCUUCCUCUGUGUCUCUCCCGUCUGAGUCUUCCUGUCUCUUGGACUCCCCGUCUGUCUCUUCCUCUCUGGGUAUACGCAUCUCUCCCCGUCUGUAUCCUUCCCUUUCUGUGUCUCUCCUUUUGUCUCUCGUUUCUGGUUGUCAAAGGAAUUGUUUAAUCCGCUUAUUUACCCAUCUCCAUGGCGUCGAAAGUGACGCAGGCGCAAGGGGAUGUCGGAAGCCGAAAGAGGAGAUCACUCUGAUUGGCUGUCAACUUCUCUUUGCCCCGCCCUGGCCCUGUGGCAUUCUGGGGGUCGUAGUCUCGUUUGUGGGACCAGCGGGCACGCGCAAUGUGGCCGGCCGCCAUCACGCCCCUUCAGGUUUCUGGCGGCAGGACCAGCCUCGGGGUACCGCGCAGCAGGAGGCAACAGGGCCCCACAAGGCCCUGGCCCAGCUGCAUGAGCUGUGCCGGGAGUGGUUGUGGCCCAAGACCCACACCAAGGAGCAGAUGCUGGAGCUGCUGGUGCUGGAACAGUUCCUGGGUGUCCUGCCUGAGAAGGUCCAGCCCUGGGUGGUGGCACAGUGUCCCGAGAGCUGCAAGGAGGCAGCUUCCCUGGUGGAGGACCUCACCAGGAUCCUGGGGGAGCCAGCCUGGUCCACGUUGGACACUACGCUUCCAGAACAGGGCAGCAUCAGUGAGCAGAAGCCUGAAGAGGCCGAGCCGAAGAAGCUGAAGUUGUUUCCAAACAUGCCUCCUGCACCUGGGGGAGUGGGCCUCCUCGGACCCCAUGGAGGAGAACCUGAGGAGCUACACAAAGCUGCUGCUGAGCGAGUAUCAGCUUUCCCAGCCUGAUGGUGUCUCCAGGUUGGAGAUAGAAGAACUUCCGCUGGUGGAAGGAGCAAUGCAAGGACUAGCCUCUCAGGCAGGAGGAGGCAGGAAAGCAGAGAGAGCAUGUGUGAGGACUACCAUGUGGGUGAGACGACGAUGGAGAGGUUCACAAGGGAAGAUUUUGUUUACCCCUCAUCAGGC